AUGCUCGCAGCGGUCGGGCAGCCAGUGCCCAACACUGCCCAUGCCGUCAGUGUCUCUCUGCCGUCAUGGGCGGCCACAGUGGGUUACGAAGAAGGACAGGAUUGGGUGGUGUCGAAAAUGGAGACGGGCUAUCCCAGGUUCUUCAUUCAUCUGACUAUCCAAGAGCUCCAACGAGAGAUCUUGAAGCUUUAUGGCAGACCUGGGGAGAGUGUCAUGCUCUUCCCGACUCUCGCCACCGCGAAAAGAUGCCAGAAGUUCUUCUACGACAAGGUCGAGGGCCUGGAUACGGGUUCCGUUCGAAUCUUACAAUUGGAACCGGUCGUUGACAAACACAGAAGCCACGAGACCGUCUUCUCUGGACUCGCAUGUAUUUUCUUUCCCAGUGACUACUUUAGCGUGGCGAAGCAGGUGUGGCAACACUCUGGAGACGGGAUAUCCAGCCGCCGCGGGGAGUUCUGUCUGAAAGCCUUAAAGGAAGGUCUACUCCAACCCGAGACUGCACGAACAAAGUCGAAAACAGACGACGUACUGUUUACCAAAGGUCCUCGGCGAUACCAAAGACCCGCAUCUCGAAAUGGAGUGACGAAUGACAGCACCAGCCCUAUCGAGCCAGUCGUGAAUGGGGUAGCAAACGACAGCGAAGACAAGGACUUUCCUCAAUUCGUAGAGGAGCGAUUCGGUCGCAAUCUCAGCGUCAAACUCGCCCAGCAAGCUAAACUAGCGAUUCGUCGCAGGAUCAGUGGGUGUCUGAUAGACGACGGAGAGCUGGAUCAAGCGUUGGCCGGAUCUCCUAACGACUGUAACAGCAGACAAGUUGGGCUCUCACAAGACGACGUCUACCUCUACCCUUGUGGGAUGUCAUCGAUAUUCAACACGCACCGAAUUCUUCUGGCCCACGCAGAGGCAAAGGGGCAACCACCCAAGAAAAGUAUUUGCUUUGGAUUCCCUUACAUUGACACCCUCAAAAUUCUAGAGAAGUGGGGACCGGGGUGCCUCUUCUAUGGCCUUGGAAGUUCAGCCUGUCUGGACGACCUGGAGCGGCGUCUCAAAUCCGGUGAGCGGUUCCUGGCCCUGUUCACCGAAUUCCCGAGCAAUCCGCUCCUCAACUCGCCCGAUCUCCAACGCAUUCGCGCGUUGGCGGACACGUAUGAUUUCGCGGUGGUGGUCGACGAGACCGUGGGCAAUUUCACCAACAUUGAUGUCCUCAGCCGAGCAGACGUCGUGGUUAGCAGCCUGACGAAGCUGUUUAGCGGUGACAGUAAUGUCAUGGGCGGCAGUGCCGUGCUGAAUCCCCAGAGCAAGUUGUAUGCUGAACUCAAACAAACCAUGUCCCGCGAGUACGAGGACAAUUAUUGGGCCGAAGACGCCGUCUUCAUGGAACGCAACUCGCGGGACUUCAUCUCCAGAAGCGAGCGCAUGAACGCGAAUGCCGAGGCGAUCACGACAAUCCUGCAGAAUAGCCCCUUGGUCAAGCAAGUCUACUAUCCGAAAUGCAGCCCCAGCCGGCCCAACUACGAGGCCUGUCGUACGCCGAAUGGUGGCUACGGCGGCUUGCUCUCUGUGACCUUCAAAGACCCCAAGCAAGCGGUCGCGUUCUUUGACGCUCUCGAAGUUCAGAAGGGUCCGAGCUUGGGCACAAACUUCACCCUUGCAUGUCCCUAUACGAUCCUGGCGCACUAUACGGAACUGGACUGGACAGCACAGUGGGGAGUGGAGGCGGAUCUUGUUCGGUUGAGUGUCGGGUUGGAAUCGCCCGCAGAACUCGAGGGCAAGGUAGAACGGGCAUUGAAAGCCGCAGAGGACGUGAAGGUAUAG